UUUGGCUUCAUUUUAGGUAAUCAUUGCCAAAUGAGGAGGAAAGGACGAUGCCAUCGAGGCUCUGCAGCAAGGCACGCUUCCUCCCCAUGCAGUGUUAAACACUCCCCCACGCGAGAGACCCUGACCUACGCACAAGCUCAGAGGAUGGUCGAGAUAGAGAUCGAAGGGCGCUUGCAUCGGAUCAGUAUUUUUGAUCCCCUUGAGAUCAUAUUGGAAGAUGACCUCACUGCUCAGGAAAUGAGUGAAUGCAACAGCAAUAAAGAAAACAGCGAGAGGCCACCCGUUUGCUUAAGAACUAAGCGCCACAAAAACAACAGAGUGAAAAAGAAAAACGAAGCCCUGCCUAGCACUCAUGGCACACCUGCCUCAGCCAGCACCCUUCCUGAGCCCAAGGUGCGAAUCGUGGAGUACAGCCCCCCAUCAGCACCCAGGAGGCCCCCCAUGUAUUACAAAUUCAUUGAGAAGUCAGCGGAGGAGCUGGACAACGAGGUGGAGUAUGACAUGGAUGAGGAGGACUACGCCUGGCUGGAGAUCAUCAACGAAAAGCGGAAGGGCGACUGUGUCUCUGCAGUGUCGCAGAACAUGUUUGAGUUCCUGAUGGACCGAUUUGAGAAGGAGUCGUACUGUGAGAACCAGAAGCAGGGUGAGCAGCAGUCUCUGAUUGACGAGGACGCCGUGUGCUGUAUUUGCAUGGAUGGUGAGUGUCAGAACAGCAACGUGAUCCUCUUCUGUGACCUGUGCAACCUGGCCGUGCACCAGGAGUGCUACGGGGUGCCCUACAUCCCCGAGGGCCAGUGGCUGUGCCGCCACUGCUUGCAGUCCCGGGCCCGUCCUGCCGACUGUGUGCUAUGCCCCAACAAGGGCGGUGCCUUCAAAAAGACAGACGAUGACCGCUGGGGCCACGUGGUGUGUGCCCUAUGGAUCCCAGAGGUCGGCUUUGCCAACACCGUGUUCAUUGAGCCCAUUGAUGGUGUGAGGAACAUCCCUCCAGCUCGGUGGAAACUGACAUGUUACCUCUGUAAGCAGAAAGGCGUGGGCGCCUGCAUCCAGUGCCACAAAGCAAACUGCUACACAGCCUUCCACGUGACGUGUGCCCAGAAGGCUGGCCUAUACAUGAAGAUGGAGCCUGUGAAGGAACUGACGGGAGGCAGCACCACCUUCUCCGUCAGAAAGACCGCGUACUGUGACGUCCACACGCCUCCGGGCUGUACACGCAGGCCUCUGAACAUUUAUGGGGAUGUUGAAAUGAAAAAUGGUGUCUGUAGAAAAGAGAGUUCAGUCAAAACGGUCAGGUCCACGUCCAAGGUCAGGAAGAAAGCAAAAAAGGCUAAGAAAACGCUGGCUGAGCCUUGUGCGGUCCUGCCGACCGUCUGUGCUCCCUAUAUUCCCCCUCAUAGAUUAAAUAGGAUUGCGAAUCAGGUGGCCAUUCAGCGGAAGAAGCAGUUUGUGGAGCGAGCCCACAGCUACUGGUUACUCAAGAGGCUGUCUAGGAAUGGCGCGCCCCUGCUGCGGCGCCUGCAGUCUAGCCUGCAGUCCCAGAGGAGCACACAGCAGAGAGAAAAUGAUGAGGAGAUGAAAGCAGCCAAAGAGAAGCUGAAGUACUGGCAGCGGCUGCGGCACGACCUGGAGCGAGCCCGCCUGCUCAUCGAGCUGCUGCGCAAGCGGGAGAAGCUAAAGCGAGAGCAGGUGAAGGUGGAGCAGAUGGCCAUGGAGCUGCGGCUGACGCCUCUGACUGUGCUGCUGCGCUCAGUGCUCGAGCAGCUGCAGGACAAGGACCCUGCCAAGAUCUUCGCCCAGCCCGUGAGUCUCAAGGAGGUGCCAGAUUAUCUUGAUCACAUCACACAUCCCAUGGACUUUGCCACAAUGAGGAAGCGGCUAGAAGCUCAAGGGUAUAGAAACCUCCGUGCAUUUGAGGAGGAUUUUAAUCUCAUUGUAGAUAACUGCAUGAAGUACAAUGCCAAGGACACCGUGUUUUAUAGAGCCGCAGUGAGGCUGCGUGAUCAGGGCGGUGUUGUUCUGAGGCAGGCCCGGCGCCAGGUGGACAGCAUCGGCCUGGAAGAGGCCUCGGGAAUGCACCUGCCUGAGCGGCCUGCUGCGGCCCCUCGGAGGCCUUUCUCCUGGGAAGAUGUGGACAGGUUGCUGGACCCGGCCAACAGGGCCCACCUGGGUUUGGAGGAGCAGCUGAGGGAGCUGCUGGACAAGCUGGACCUCACCUGCUCCAUGAAGUCCAGUGGCUCGCGGAGCAAGCGGGCAAAGCUGCUCAAAAAGGAGAUCGCCCUCCUGCGCAACAAGCUGAGCCAGCAGCACAGCCAGCCCCCUGCCGCAGGGCCCAGUCCGGGAGGCUCGGAGGAGGACGCUGCCCCGCCGGGGCCGGACGCGGGUGAGGAAGGAGAUAAAUCUCCCCCUAAACUUGAACCAUCAGAUGCAUUACCUCUUCCUUCAAACUCGGAGACUAAUUCAGAACCACCAACCCUCAAACCAGUAGAACUCAACCCUGAGCAGAGUAAACUAUUCAAAAGAGUCACAUUUGAUAAUGCAUCACAUAGCCCAUGCACUCAGAGCGCACUGGUAAGCGGACACCCUCCAGAGCCCACCCUCGCCAGUAGUGGCGAUGUGCCGGCGGCUGCGGCGGCCUCCGCGGUGGCGGAGCCAUCAAGCGAUGUAAACAGACGCACUUCUGUUCUCUUCUGCAAAUCGAAAAGUGUAAGCCCCCCAAAGUCUGCCAAGAACACUGAAACCCAGCCAACUUCUCUUCAGCUAGGGACCAAAACCUUUUUGUCUGUAGUCCUUCCGAGGUUGGAGACUCUACUGCAGCCAAGGAAAAGGUCGCGGAGCACAUGUGGAGACUCCGAGGUGGAGGAGGAGUCCCCGGGAAAGCGCCUGGACACAGGUCUCACCAAUGGCUUUGGGAGCUCAAGGAGUGAGCAGGAGCCGGGCAGUGGCCCGGGGAGGAAAGCUGCCCCCCGGCGUCGCUGUGCGUCCGAGUCCAGCAUCUCUUCCAGCAGCAGCCCGCUGUGUGACUCAAGGUGGGCACCGCCUCGUCUCCGCCUGCGCAGCCUCCGAGUGCCCCCUGCGCUCAGCACCCGCCUGGCUGCUCUGGACCCAGGGGCCCCGGCUCCUGACCUAAGGGCCCUGAGAGAGCCUGGCCUGGGAUCCGAUUCGUGUGUCCACUCUGCCUGCUUCAGCACCCCCAAGUGUGGGCGCGGCAAGCCUGCCCUUGUGCGGAGGCACACACUGGAGGACCGCAGUGAGCUGAUAUCCUGCAUUGAGAAUGGCAACUAUGCCAAGGCAGCCCGGAUUGCAGCCGAGGUGGGGCAGAGCAGCAUGUGGAUCUCCACGGAUGCCGCCGCCUCAGUGCUCGAGCCCCUGAAGGUGGUGUGGGCCAAGUGCAGUGGCUACCCCUCCUACCCCGCACUGAUCAUCGACCCCAAGAUGCCACGAGUGCCCGGCCACCACAACGGUGUCACCAUCCCGGCACCGCCUCUGGACGUGCUGAAGGUGGGCGAGCACAUGCAGACCAAGUCUGAGGAGAAGCUCUUUCUUGUACUGUUCUUCGACAAUAAGAGGAGCUGGCAGUGGCUCCCUAAAUCCAAGAUGGCUCCCCUGGGCAUCGAUGAGACCAUAGACAAGCUGAAGAUGAUGGAGGGGCGGAACUCCAGCAUCCGCAAGGCCGUGCGCAUCGCUUUCGACCGAGCCAUGAACCAUCUGAGCCGCGUGCACGGGGAGCCAGCCAGUGACCUCAGUGACAUAGACUGAGGCGGCUCCGGUGGGAGGGACUUGUCCAUAGUGUUGAUACGCUGUACAUGUUUGUAUAUUGUUCAAAACUUAACUUAUUCUGAUUUAUAGUUGUAGUUCUUGAAUUCUUUUUUCCCCAGGGAGGGGGGAGGUUUUGUUUCCGAGUUUUCUACGAAGCCACCUGGCCUUGGCGCUUCGGGUGGGUGUGCGUCGGGCCUGCGGCGGGGGCUGCCCCUGCUGCCACACGCCUCCCCUUCUUUACCUGUAGCUUUUUUUUAAAAAGACUUUUGAAUGUUUAAUAAUUUUGUAAAUCAUACUCUUUACACAGAGUACCACUUAUUUAAUAAGACGGGAUGUAAAUUUACAGUGACAAAUGUGUAUUUUAAGAGAGAAAACGAGACAUUAUUUUGAAUGGUACUUUGUGCAGAGGAGGAGAAUCCCUUUAUGCUGUGUGCACCACUCGCAGACCACCAAAACACUCCGCCGGUGACUCACGGACGUGCCUCCAGCGGGUAUUUAUUGUAGAAAGUGUAUUCAUUUGCUUUAUAAAGAAGAGUAAAUUUGCAAAAGUAUAUUGAUAUGCAUUUUUAUACGGGCACAUAACAACUCGACUUGGUUUGGGAGCAGAAUGUGUGGUGUGGUUCCGUAAAUGACCCUGGCCUGUGUGUACUUUGAUUUUGUAACUUGUAAUCUUUUGUUUACAAUGCGGGGCUUUCUGUAACUUGUUUUAAUUUAGAACUUUGGUAGCAAUAGAACUUUGGAUACAUUUUUGUAUGGUACAUGUGAUGUAUAUAGAAUUAGUACUUUAUUUUUAUUUUUAAGAGGUAAAGCAUUAUGUUAGGGGGUGAAAGUAGGGUGGGUUUCCAAAUUUGCAUUUUUUAUAUUAAAAAUAAAGUCAAUAUUUGGA